AUGAGCAUGUCAGACGGGACUGAGCACCAUCGCGAUGCUCCGUACAAUGCCACCAACCAGGCCUCAUCGGCUUCUGCAGCGGCUGGACCAUCGACACGGUCAUCACGUGUCUCGAACCGCUCGCCCCAUUACCUUGCCGGUCAAGACAACCCAAAUCGCGGCCUUUGCCCCCACGAGCUCAAGGUCGCGCCUGACUCGUUCGAGAGUACGGAUAGCCGCGCCCAGCAUGCUAGGAAUGACUCCGCCGAGGACUAUAUUGUCUAUCCUUCGGUAUGGCAGCUGGCACGACAGCGCAGGCAACGUCAUGUGGGAAAUAGUGGUCAACAAGAGCUGGACGGCGACUUGAUCAAUGCCCUCAAGCAACGGCAGCAAGCUAGAAAAGACCCAAAGGCUCUUAGUCAGAACUUGUACGACAGCUUGACUAUGAUAUACUCUUAUACCACGCAAAUACCCACACCUGCUUCUGUCCUUGCUUCGCUUCGCAAAUUCGAGCAUACUCCUGCACAUGACGCUCGUUCUACUCAAACCUCCGCUAUACCGCCUUCCCGACCAGACGGGCAUGAUGCGGAGUCAAAUACCGGGCCAACGCUUGGUACAAACGGCUCGAACGCUUCAGAAUUGAAUGAAAACUCGCGUAUCGUUCGUCAUAAUUCACAAGCAUCAGCCGCCGCGCGUGAGAGUUCGCAGCCAGACAACGCUGGCGCCGGGGUCUUGGCCAACGGGCACCAUGUCCAUAGGAUACCCUACCAUCCCUCGAACGGCAUGACCCAAAGACAUCCUUCAGCACCGCAUCCUACUUCCGUGGAUGGCGCAUGCGAUUCAGCAAUGCUAUCAAUCUCCAAAACAGGAAAGAAAAGCUUCACUAUCGGUGGGACAUACCCGGCUGCUGCGCCUCGCGCGAAGCCAUCAUCAGCACCAACCGAACUACCUACGAAGAACACCCCUGUUGAGGAACAUUCAUCAUCCGGUGUACCCGUUAUCUCAACAUUGAAUUGCAGUAUUCUGAAUGAGCUGAAAGAGGACGUCCAUCGCUAUGGAAAGAGCCACGCUACAGACUUCAAUUACGUUGUGGACUUUGAUCGUCGGCGGCGUACGCGACGUACGAAACCCCUCGUCAACCGAUCUCUGUUCUAUACUCUGAGCGACCCAGAAAAGCUACUUGCAUCAUUCCAUGAUACUAACCAAGACUUCAAAGACUCACCCUUACCUCAUCUCGACUCAUCACGCUUAGCGAACUCUUUUAGAGAUUGGAACCAUCGCAACGGUGCCCUCAUCUUCGAUAGCCUAUGGCUCGCUCUGGAUGCUUUAUUUGCCUCUCCACCGGAACUCGACGUUCAGAAGAGUCCUCGUCUGAGGCCAUCAAGAAAGGGUGCAUCUAAUAACAGUCCUUCCGACCAGUCAUCCAGUGGUCAUCAAGGUGCCUCGCGCUAUCUCGACACCCAUGAAGCCGCUCAUAUUGUCAUGAUAUGCAUACACGCACUCACAUCACUGGUACCGCUGGGAUGGCCACACACAUGGGCACAAAUACGGAAGCUUCGAUCUUGGGGUGUCAUGGUGCCCACUGCUACUCCCAAUACCGACGCCUUUGCGCAUCCGUACAUGGACAUCAUCGACGAGUUGGAGUACGAACCGGCAAUGCGUCUUGCCGAUCGUUUACUUCGGGCUAUCGGGACGCGGACUUGUUUCGAACAUAUUCUCGCCAGUUUAGACGUCGCAGAACCGAACCGGGAUGAGUCGGAACAAAAUACACCUUCUGUUGGGCUUGUGGAUUUGAUCAUACAACAUCUGGAGGUGGUAGAGCGCGUCGGUAUGGCGACAAAGAUGAGGCUGAACUCGAGCCAUGAUCGCGAUGGGGAUCCAGGGUGGACUGUGACAGCUACCUUUAUGGAGUGGCUGAGGACCACCAUCGUCAAGAAAUGGGACAGCAAGGCUGAAAUCAACAAAUGGAGCAGCGUUGGUACAGCCGUGAUGGUCCUCGACAAACUUCGUAAGCAUAUAGGAUGUUUCUACUAUAACUAA